UUGGUCAGCUGUUCGCAACCGAUAGUAACUACAUUUGAAGUCCAGUCGCAAUGAAACCCUUUGCCUGCAUCCUGGUGAUCCUAGCCGCCAUCCUGUCCGUUGGUCAGGCCUCUCUGGGCGGACUUCUUGGAGGAGGCGGUGGCGGCGGAGGAGCUGGUGGCAUUGGCCAACUGCUGCAGAGCAAACUGGGCGGUCUCGGCGGUGGAUUGGGCGGCGGCCUGGGCGGUCUGAGCGGAAAGCUCGGCGGAGGAGGCGGUGGAUACUCUGGCGGCGGUGGAUACUCCGGCGGCGGUGGAUAUUCCGGCGGCGGUGGCUACUCCGGCGGUGGCGGCUACUCCGGCGGCGGUGGAUACUCUGCUCCCGUGGAGAAGGUCGUCAUCGUGAAGGUCAUCAGCGAGGGCUACUCCGGCGGCGGUCACUCCGGUGGCGGCUACUCCGGUGGCUACUCCGGUGCCCAGUCUGGUGGAUGGUCCAAUGGUGGCGCCCAGUCUGGAGGAUGGUCCAACGGUGGUGGCUCCCAGUCUGGCGGCUGGAACAAGGGCUGGUAAUCAACCAAAAAGCCAACCACAAAUAGUUCAAACUGCCAACCAAAAAGCCAAGCAGCUUAGGUUUUAAUAUAUAAUAUUUUUUUAUUAUUUUUUUUUUUAGCGGUAUUUGAUUGUUAGAAUUUAUGCAAUAUAGACAAGAAAAGAAUUUCCAUUUUUAA